CCUCGGCGCCAAUGGAGGGGGGAUGAUGACAAGAGACGAAGGGGCCAAAACCCAAUGGUACUUCCGCUGCGACAGGUGCAAGCAACCCUGCCGAUUCAGCGACGUUCACUCUCUUUCCAGCGCCCUGCGUCUCUCUCUCGUCUCUAAAGACCGGGAUCACCUAGCGUUCGUGCCUCGCGCUGUCCGCUAGCCUAUCAGGGUAGGUACUGGAAAGAACAACCGCAGUUCCACGGUACCAUCCCAUCCCAUCUUUGCAACUUGUACCCGUGACUUUCAUCAAGACGGCCGAACAUCGCUAUUCCCGUCCGGUGCUGGCUCCAUCACACCACCUCCACCACGCGUACCCUUUUUUCUCUCUCUUCCUUGCCAUCUCCGUCUCUUCUCCUUCGAAAGAACACACCCGAUCGGCACUCGACACUACCUCAUCGGGGCCCCAUCACCCUUUUUUAUUUAUUCUUUGACCCUUUGACGUAUCCUUAUAUAUCCAACGAACCUUUCCCAACUCCGUCUGCAACGGUUGUUUCUCGCCCCAUGAACUUGCUAUUGAGGCUUCCGAACCCGCAAAGAAGAACAUUGCUAUCCGCCCCUGGCCCUCCCAGCUACACCAUCAACAUUACUUGAAACGACAUAUCUUGGUUCGCAAAUCUGAGGGCUCGAGGACAUCGUUUCCCCUUUACCCAAAUACAACAAGAUAACUACUACCCACCUCGCCAACAGCUAUCGUUUCCUCCUCCCUGGGGUGGAUUCACGCUUCCGAGCAACGAACUCCCCUUCUCGCCUCACGACACGCCUGGCCUUCUCCCUGGUUGGCCGCAUUCUAACUCUCCCUCGCCCUCACACCACCCACAUCGUCGGGUAAUAGCUCAGCUCGGGCCCCCGGCAACCUAGCAAACAACCACCCACCGUCACACAACCCCCCUCACGAUGGUUGAAGUCAUCCCGUCGGGCCUCGCCCAGAACGGGCACAACCAACAGUCCCAGGACUCUGCCGACCACGUAGCCUCUGUUGCUCGCCUACUACUCGCGACCAACCUCGCGUCUCGUCAGGAGAACAAAAUGAUGAGCCGCGAGGAACGCCAGGCCAUGAUUGAUGAGCUGAGCAAGAAGCGUGCCGGCUGGCGCACACCUCGUCGCGGCUGGUCCAUCACCGACUCUCCCGUUGCAUCGGCUCAGGGUAGCCCCGCGCCGAAUGCCUCCCCUUUUCCCGCCCCUCCUCCCACUAUCCAGCACGAAGCUGUUGAGAGACACGCCAUCGCUUCUGUCCCUGAACAGUCCGAACUACCCAUCGAACAGAUGAAGCACAUUCCUCAUGCCCCUCAAGUCCGCCGGCCACCUCUCCCGCCCCCGCGUCGCUCUUAUUCAGUAACGGACUAUGAGCCCCCGGCCCGCAUCCACCGCCCCUCGGCGCGUAUGGAUAUUUUCGACCUUCCCGCUGAGCUGCACUUUGCUAUCUUCGACCACCUCGAUCCCAUUGACAGCACAUGCUUCGGCCUCACAAAUAGCCACUUCUACAACAUCCACCGUCGCAUGCACGGCUCUGUGCCCUUGUCGUCCCGUCGCAACGGUCCCAACGAUCUUGAGUGGGCCUGGCGCUUCGCCGGACCACUCAUCUAUCACGACUCCGCGACGCCUCCUGCUGAGGCAUUUCAGGAGCAUGCAAAUGCUCUUGAGCGCAUGCGCGUCAAGGGUCAGGUCUACUGCCGCAAGUGUGGAAUCUCCCGCUGCGAGCUGCACCGUCACCUCCGCGAAUGGAUGGGGACCAAACUCGAGUACUGCUCUAUUACCCAGAAGUACGGUCCCAAGGCUCCCGAGGAGGCUGCCGAUACUUGUUAUAUCAAGUCGCCAAAGCACCCGCACCGCUGCGGCCGGCACGCCCCUAAGCCCGUCAAGUCGCAGAACUGAGUGUCCAGUUUCGAUUUGAUUUGCAGUUUUGAAUUUACUUUGGGCAUUGAUGGGAGCUUGUGUACGAUAGCCACGACGGCAGCUAGGGGUUGAUUCGCCUGUGUGACAAGGAGUUUAUAUGGUAAAAGAGGUAUCUGGAGAGCGCGAUUUUGUAUCAUUACACGGAAAGGCGUUGAAUCAUACGAACGAGAUAUAAGACGACACGCCAAGAGAGAGAGACGGACGGAAUAUUUGCUGCAUUGCGGCCUAACAUUUGGGUUUGGGAGCGAGUAAUCAUCGCAUACAAAAUCGAGAUAAAUAUCAACAUGAAUAAAAAGAAGCAUGGUAUAUUAGGGGUAACAAUCACAUAUCGCAGUUGCGUCUUCGUCCACAACUAGAACGCGCCAUCGUCGCAGCAAACCCCCUUUUAAAAGACACCAUCAUUACCUUUGAACGGACUCCUGGCACCUGUUGCAGUCUUGUUCACUCCCUGCGGCGACUGGAGCGUCAGAUUGAAAGAUCCGCGAUCAUGACGUAAUGCGGGAGGAUACCGAUGGAUU